AUGACCGCUAGACCGCUUCCUCCGUUCCUGCCAGAUGGCGCAGACUCCUUCCGAGCCCACGCCCCCGAGCAUCUCGACGACUGGUUCGAGUACUUCAAAAGUGUCUACACCUACGCCGAGGAAGCCCAGAACCGUAUCUCUCACCUCGAGGACCAGCUCCAAGCCGACCAAGAGAAAAUCCAGGAUCGAGAGCAUACCCUCCAGCGGAUCGCUAAAGAGCGCGACGCUGUACAAAUCCAACUCGAAUAUGUUGAGCAACAGACCAAGAGAACCUUGAAAGAGAAAGAUGACGCCCUCUUUGAAGCCCGCCUGGCCGAACGGCGUGCCCUCGACGCCGCCCGCCCUACCGUACCUAUGCCCCGCGAGACCCCGAGACUAGCAUACCAGCUGAGCUUCUUACAGCGGCUCCUUCUUACCGAACGACUACCCGACCCUGACAAGUUUGAAGGUGACCGAACCGACUUGCGCCGUUUCGUCUCCCAGAUACACUCCAAACUAAAAGCCAACUAUGACCGAUUCCCGACACGCCUUGCCCGAAUGUCUUAUGUAACUGGCCGACUCAAGGGACGAGCUUAUGCUCAGGAUAUUAUCAACUUACUAGAACGCGCCUUUGGAGACCCGAACCGUAUUAAUAAUGCCCGUGCCGAACUGUUCCGCCUCCGUCAAGCCCACAAAGAUUUCAGUACCUUCUUCGCCGAAUUCCAACGCCUUGCACUAGAGGGAGAAAUGUCGGAAGAAGCCCUCCCCACCCUACUAGAGCAAGCCGUCUCCCGAGAACUACGCGGGAUCCGCCUUUUACAAGACCUAGAAAACCGACGACGCCGUUUUGCAACCGAACUACAGCCAGCCCCCGGAGGACUAAUGCUCCUCCGAAGGAGUACCCCUGACGCCCAGGAAGAAGUCCCUGUCGCCCCUGAAGGGGAAGAAGCCCCCUGGAGAACCGCCAACCAGCCGAAGACCCCAUGGACAUAA